CCUGCCAGCAGAAUGCCGAGCCAGCUCGAGGGCGCCAUGGACGCGCUGAUCACGGUUUUCUACAACUACUCGGGAAACGACGGGGAUAAAUACAAGCUCAACAAAGGCGAGCUGAAGCAGCUGCUGAACAGCGAGCUCACCGACUUCCUCACGUCCCAGAAAGACCCGAUGCUUGUGGAGAAAAUCAUGAACGACCUGGACUCGAACAAAGACAACGAGGUGGACUUCAAUGAGUUCGUCGUGCUGGUGGCCGCCCUCACCGUCGCCUGCAACGACUUCUUCCAGGAGCAGCAGAUGAAGAAAGCCAAGUAGAUAUGUCGACAACAACAAAAACUACUGUAACUCUCCAGCUGAAGUUUGAUCCUUUCCCCUUAGUUGAAUGAUUCGUAAUAGUACCGUCUGAGCUGAGUGUAGCUUUAAUACAGGUGUUGCAGCCUGGAGCUGUUCAGCGUUGUGUCUCCAAAUUGUACUGGUUUUCAUUUUAACUCAACUCCGUGACCUUUGAAUUAUGUACAUUGCAGUUUAAACCGAAAUUCUCCUUUGAAAACCGGUUUUAAAAAAAGCAUGUCCUCAUAGUUUCUUCUUGUCGUCCCUACAGGAUCGCCCCCUUCUCGCCCAGUCUUCAAAUGUCAGAUGGUUAAUGUGUAAUAUUUUCCUGAUGGUGCAUUUAGUGGGAAACAUUUCCAUCCCUUGUCAGUUCUGCUGUCAGUCUCUGAUCCUCUGGGGGAAACUGUUUUUUUUUUUCCCCUCACGCUCCAGCUAAGCUGGAGUCAUGGAAAAGUGCGCGGGAUCACAGUAGAUGUGCCGAGUGUUUGUGUCGGGGCUUCACUGUAAACAGCCUGUGUCGUGUCGUGUUUUUGCGUCGUGCGUCUGUAUUUCCUCCCUGACUCAUCUGGAAAGCUUUUAAAAUUCACGCCUUUAGCUUUUAGUAUUGAUUUUAAUGUUACAUCCUGUGAAUGGCUCUCGGGGGCUAAAAUGUAAAAAUAAAAUGCAGUAAAUGAAAAACGCUGCACCUUCUGGCAACUAAAUAUCAUGACUUUUUGUUAUUUACGAGGUAGAUGCACCAACAGUAGAAAUACAUUGACGCUGUCAUCUUGUCAAAACGGCGUUUACGAUGUGUCAUUUUGAAAACUGGCGUAUAAUCUACAGAGGAGCGAUGCCCCGCAACAAUCAAGUCAAGCGUUGAUAUUUUAGCCUACACUGAACCGUGUCUGCUGGUGUCAGUAGGAAAAUCCAGGGGAGAUUCUGUAGCAUAACACACAGCAUUUUAAUUCUACUUCCCGGGUCGUAAUAUUCUAAAUGUCUCGUCUCAGAAAAUGGUUUAGAUGUAAUGUAAUGCUUUAUUUGUUUAAACUCAUCAAAACAAUAACUCUGUGGAAGAUAAGUUAAUAUUGACCAAGGAUGUUACUGUGUUAGGAGGUGAAAUACUGAUCUAACAGUACGGUGCAAAAAGCCUCGUUAUUCUACAGCAUUUAAAGUCCAAUAUGGAUUUUGAAUAUGGCGAUUAAAAGCUUCCAUUGACUCUUCAUACACAAAAUACAUUUCCAGGACAAGUUUUAAAAUCUUUAAAAAGGCUCCAGGAACCUCCGUACAAAGUGUAGCCACAGUACUUUUCAGUAACACAAAUGAAGACUAUUCGCCUUUAUUGAAGUAAAACUAGCAUGUUUUCCCUUUUCUUUGCAAAGUGGCAGUCCUGCAGUCUUUCUUUGAUAUUUCACCAGAGACAGAAAGUCCAGCCAAGCCACAUUCUCAGGUCCACACAUCUGGUGAAGCAAAAUAUUCAAUCUUUGUAAUCA